GGGGUUGUCAAGUGCUCUCCACCAGUGCCGUGAGCGGAUAAUUGGAUCCGCCAAGUCUUUAUAAACCCGACCAACUGCUGGACAUAGUCAGAUCAAACAAUAUACGCAAAUGUCGUCCGGUACCAUGAAGGCUGUCAUAUUCAAGGGGGUCGGCAAGGUCGCGGUUGAGGAUCGCCCAAUCCCUACGAUCCAGGACCCCAAGGAUAUCAUCGUCAAGGUUAGCAUGACUGCGCUUUGCGGUAGUGAGUUGCAUGUCUACCGCGGUCACCAGAAGUCAGCUACAGAUUUCAUCAUGGGUCACGAGUUCACCGGAGUUGUACAUGAGCUCGGAGACGACGUGAAGACAGUAAAGAAAGGUGACCUUGUUGUCACACCUUUCACGGUGAGUUGCGGGGAAUGUUUUUACUGCAAGCGCGGUUUCACGUCUCGCUGCGAGAAGAGUCUUCUCUUUGGGACACCUACUCUUGACGGUGGUCAAGCCGAAUACGUCCGCAUCCCUUUGGCCGAUGCCUCAGUAAUCAAAGCACCCGAGGAUGUUGACCCAACCGUUCUAAACCUCAUGGCCGAUAUCUUUCCAACCGGUUAUUUCGCGGCGAGUAGAGUCCUCAAAGACCUGCCUGAGGAGGAACGCAAAACUUCCGUCAACGUUGUUAUCGGCUGCGGUCCCGUGGGAAUCUGUGCGAUUAUCGCAGCUCGCGAAAUGGUCGAGACUAUUUACGCCAUUGAUUCGGUACCCGAACGACUCGCUGAGGCUAAAGCGCAUGGAGCUAUACCCAUCAAUUUGAAUGACAACCCUAAAGAUGUGAUCUUGAAAGCCACAAAUGGGCGCGGUGCCGAUAACGUCCUUGAAAUUGUUGGUCACGCAGACGCUCUUCAACUUGGGUUCGAUUUGUUGAGGCCUUGGGGCCGCAUCUCCUCCGUGGGAGUCCACAAUGAGAAUAUUCCCUUUACCGGAAACCAAGCGUACGGCAAAAACUUGACUAUUUCCUUCGGGAGAUGUCCAGUAAGAGCGAUUUUCGAAGAAUCACUUCAAGUCCUUCGCCGUAAUUCCAAGGCUUUGUCGACCUUCGUUGACACAGUUAUGCCAUUAUCCAAGGCUGUAGAGGGUUACGAACAAUUUGACCAGCGGAAGGUGCGCAAGGUUGUAUUUUAUCCAGACACCACUUCGGCGGAGUGAGCGAUUUUUUAUUUAUACCUGAAUAU